AUGGGGCUGGUGCGCAUAACGGAGGAGGAGUGGAAGAAGGAGGCCGUCGCUGAGGCGCUGCUGCCGGGGACGCAGGUCAGGGUGCGCGUCCACCGCCUGGCCCAGCGCGACCUGUACCGCUGGCCCGUUCAGCUGGAGCUCCUGGAGCCCGAUUUGUCGGAGCACAUCGCGCCCCCUGACUCAUGGGAGACCCCCGCCAACGUCGGCUGGGCGUACGAUCAGGGCAUGGAUCUGGAUGAGGUGUGUGAGGUCCUGCACCGCCCCUACCGCCGCGUCAACUACAUGCUGGAACCAGACAUGGCCUCGCGACGCCUCCACCCCUCCUAA